AUGGGUCGGGCCUGUGUGGCCAACUCGUUUCUCAAUUCGGGCGAGCUGUCUGCGGCUGACGAGCCGAUUCGCCUUUGCUGGCCGGAAGGCGAAAGUGAUAUCAUGGUUAUGGACGCAAGGAAGGUUGCCUCGUAUGUUGUGGCUCCUGCUGGCGUUGGCAAGCUCGAUGUGUCGCCAGCAUCUCCAACUUUGAGUGCAACUCCAUCUGCAAGUUCGAGUGCUGUUCCAUCCUCCUCGGUUUGGGUCAAGAGAGAUGGCAUUCGGGAUGCUGCUCCCGGCGCUGCCGCCGAGUCUCCACAGCGUACACCGUCCUGGAAAACAGUAGUCAGCGCGACUGCAGUGCCAACUGGUGUACCUUCCAGAGUUCCUGCGCAGCAAAAGCACGGCAUUCUUCCGCCUUUCUUUUCCAGGAUUAGUGUGUAG